AUGGCAACGCCUCAAGCAUCCCACGCCAGCAAGAAAGUGGCCGUUACACCCAGUGAAUCCGAGCUCGUACCCUUCGACCACAGCGCCGCCGGACAUGAAGGAAUCAGCUCCAACGCUUCCGGCUCCCUGAUCAUCAAGCCAUGCACUCAGGCCGAGAUUGACUUCUACGAGUCUGCGAAAGACCACCCUCUAUUCCAGGCGCACAUGCCCACCUUCAUCGGCUCGUUGUCACAACAUGAAGACCAAGACGCAGUCGCACCACUUCUCGAGGCGUCUCACCACGGGGUGGCCGCGCCUGCGGGUGUCAUCGCCGACCCGACUCCAGGCCUCAUCAAGCGCGCGACCUGGAAACCCUCGGGCGGCAAGAAGCUCUCCACGGGCACGGCGAUCGUUCUGGAGAACGUGGCGAGCGGGUUCAAGCAUCCGAAUGUCCUGGACGUGAAGCUCGGCUCGAGACUCUGGGACGACGAAGCACCGCUGGCCAAGAGAAGAAAAUUGGACGAGGUCGCCGAGGGGACAACGAGUGGGAGUCUGGGAUUUCGAGUUGCAGGAAUGAAGAUCUGGGCGGGCAUCACGACAUCAGAGGACCACGCCAAAGUCGCGCCCGCUGAGAAAGAAUACGUCGAGGUCAAGAACGGGUAUAAAUCCUACAACAAGUUCUACGGCCAGUCUUUCAAGGCGGAAAACGUCGUUGACGCUUUCACCGCGUACUUUGGUGGGGCCGAAGAGAGCGACGGCAACAAGAAGGUCAAGUUAAGGCAAAAACGGGCAGAGUUCAUUGUCCGACGGUUCAUUCGCGAACUGGAGAGCAUUCAGUAUGUUCUCGAGAACGAAGAGAGUCGGAUGUACAGUGCGAGUGUGUUGAUGGUGUAUGAAGGAGACGAGGAGACCUUGGAGGAGAGUAUUGCGAGGGAAGAGAAGGAAGAUGGCAAGGCGGCGGCUGGCCAUGAGGACGGUGUCGGUGAUGAAGAUGAGGACGAGGACGAGGAUGACGAUGACGAUGACGAUGACGAUGACGAACAAGACACAAAACCACACAAGAUCCACGAGGUACGACUGAUUGAUUUUGCCCAUGCCAGGUGGACUCCAGGUGAGGGGCCAGAUGAGAACGCUCUCAAGGGAAUAAGAUCUGUUCUGGAUGUUCUGCGGGACCUGGUAGACUGA